AUGACCUUGGCCCGAGCUGGCUUCCCGUCUGCUAGCCAGGCGAGAACUCCGCCUGACCCUCAAAUCAAGAUGGGCCUGCCGAGUCAGUUGUGGCUUUCCUUUCUCUGCUUUCUAGACCAGUCCUAUUUGUACAGAUGCACACUUCCAAAAAGAAAUGGACGUUGCAGAGGAUCCUUUCCUCGUUUUUACUUUAACUUCGAAAGUAAGAAAUGUGAGAAAUUCCUUUAUGGUGGCUGCGGAGGCAAUAAAAAUAACUUUUUAACACAGGAUGAAUGCUUUUCAAAGUGUGAAGACCAAUCCUAUUUAUACAGAUGCACACUUCCAAAAAUAACUGGACCUUGUAGAGCAGCCUUUUCUCGUUUUUACUUUAACCUCAAAAGUAAGAAAUGUGAGGAAUUCCUUUAUGGUGGCUGCAGAGGCAAUGAAAAUAACUUUUUAACACAGCAGGAAUGCUUUGAAAAGUGUGAAGGUGUCCCUCUGAAACCAGACGAUGGUACUGACUUCAAUUUUGAAUUUGUGGAACAAUAGUGCAUCCAUCCUGAUUUUCUGUCUCCUUUGGAAGAGACGAUGCAGGAUAUGAAUGCUAUUGUUACUACGACUACUACGAAUAUUAGUCUUAAUCGCAAUGUCCUGCAUGGUUUUCAUUCUAAACACAGUAGAUAUGAUUGCUAAUAAACCCACCUGUUCUAAAGCA